CGGGGUGUGUGCAUAUGUGCGCGUGCGCGGCUUGCUUUCCAGCCGGCGCGAGCGGCGCGCGUGCGCAAUUGAGGGUCCCGAGCCUUUCUCGGCAACUCUAGUUUUCCUUUCCCUUUUUUUCUUUUUUUCCCCGUCUUUGAACCUCGAGCAUCUCGUCGCUUCGGCCGUGGCUCUUUCUGGAGGCGGCAGCUCAAGGCCCGGAUCGGGUGAGGAGGAGGUUGCAGAAUGGAAAAAUUGUAAGAGAAAAACAAGUUCUCUUUCGGAAUGGAGACUGUUUUGUUUGAAGGAGAACCUGAUAGAGUUUCGAAUCAUGGUGAGAUCAAAGAUUGGCAGGGACCCUCAAAUGUGGUAACAAACAAUGAUGAAUCUCAAGCUCAGAGUCCAGGAAAAAUGAGCCAACGUCAAGGAAAAGAAGGGUAUCUUACUCCAACCAAAGAAUUACAGCAGCCGUCACUCAGUCCAGGAUCAGUCCAUAGCCAUGGGUUUGACAGGGGGAAAGAUGAUGCUUCACAAGGUAAAGAUGAUUCCACACAGUCCAUGUCAAAGAGCAAAUCAGAAUCUAAGCUUUAUAAUGGGUCAGAGAAGGAUAUUGCUGCUGCCUCCACCACCUCCUCAACUACCAAGCUCACCAAGAAGGAGUCUCUUAAGGUUCAAAAGAAAAAUUACAGGGAAGAGAAGAAAAGAGCUACAAAAGAAUUACUUAGUACAAUCACAGAUCCAUCAGUCAUUGUUAUGGCUGACUGGCUAAAGAUCCGUGGUACAUUGAAAAGCUGGACCAAACUUUGGUGCGUGCUGAAACCAGGAGUACUGCUUAUUUACAAAACUCCUAAAAAUGGCCAGUGGGUAGGAACAGUACUUUUGAACGCAUGUGAACUCAUUGAGCGGCCUUCAAAAAAGGAUGGAUUUUGUUUCAAACUUUUCCAUCCUUUGGAGCAAUCUAUCUGGGCUGUUAAGGGCCCUAAAGGGGAAGCUGUUGGCUCUAUAACACAACCAUUACCUAGCAGUUAUUUGAUCAUCCGAGCAGCUUCAGAAUCAGAUGGUAGAUGUUGGAUGGAUGCCCUGGAACUGGCUUUGAAAUGCUCAAGCUUGCUCAAGCGUACAAUGAUUAGAGAAGGUAAAGAGCAUGAACCCAACUUAGCAGAUGGUGCACAUGUGUCUUUCUAUGGCCUGCUGCGUGCAAACAACGUGCAUAGUAGUGAAAGCUUUCCUUUAAACGAUAGUGAAAUUGAAAGGCAUCACUUUAAAGAUCCAGAUCUCUAUUCCGAUAAAUCGGAUAGAGAAAAUGAUCAUGAUCGUGAUGAAUCAGAUAAUGAUGCCCUCGGAGAAAGCGACUCUGACACAUCAGAGCGGCAGGACGACUCAUACAUUGACCCUGAACCUGAUCAUAUCAGGGAAACAACAUAUAUAGAAGAAGCACAUGAAGAACUUGGUGAGGCAGGAGAAGCUUCUCAAACAGAAACAGUAUCAGAAGAGAAUAAGAGUUUGAUCUGGACACUAUUGAAACAAGUACGCCCGGGAAUGGAUCUCUCUAAAGUGGUGCUUCCUACAUUUAUUUUGGAAACACGUUCAUUCUUGGACAAACUUUCUGAUUACUACUAUCAUGCGGACUUCUUAUCUGAAGCUGCCCUUGAAGAGAAUGCUUACAAUCGUAUGAAACAAGUUGUGAAAUGGUAUUUGUCAGGAUUCUACAAAAAGCCAAAGGGGCUUAAAAAACCCUACAAUCCUAUACUUGGUGAGACCUUCCGUUGCAUGUGGGUUCAUCCAAAGACCAAUAGCAAGACUUUUUAUAUAGCUGAACAGGUAUCUCAUCAUCCUCCCAUAUCUGCCUUUUAUGUAAGCAAUCGAAAGGAUGGAUUUUGCCUUAGUGGAAAUAUUUUGGCCAAAUCCAGGUUUUAUGGAAACUCAUUAUCUGCCAUUCUGGAUGGGGAAGGGCGACUUCUUUUCCUAAAUAGAGGAGAGGAAUAUAUAAUGUCCAUGCCAUAUGCACAUUGCAAAGGAAUUCUCUAUGGUACAAUGACUUUAGAGCUAGGAGGAACUGUUAACAUCGCAUGUGAGAAAACGGGAUACAGUGCAGCACUUGAAUUCAAACUAAAGCCCUUUUUAGGCAACAAUGACAACGUUAAUCAAAUAAUGGGGAAAAUUAAACUGGGAAAAGAAGUUCUAGCUACCCUAGAAGGCCACUGGGACAGUGAAGUUUAUAUUAGAGACAAAAAGACAAGCAUUUCAGCGACAUUCUGGAAUCCAACACCUGAAAUCAGGCAAUGCAGAUUAAGAAGACACAUGGUGAGGUUUGAGGAGCAAGGUGACUUUGAGUCAGAGAAACUUUGGCAACAUGUGACUCGAGCAAUAAACAACAAGGACCAAUCAGAAGCAACUCAGGAGAAAUAUGUUUUGGAGGAAGCUCAGAGAAAAGCUGCCAAAGAAAGGAAAGCCCAUGAUGAAGAGUGGAUAUGCAGGCUAUUUGAGCCAGAUCCACUCACAGGAGAAUGGAUUUACAGAUAUGCAGACACAAGACCAUGGGAUCCACUAAAUGAUAUGAUACAGUUUGAAAAAGAUGGUGCCAUUCAAACGAUGGUCAGACACCGGACACCAAUGGUUAGUGUCGCAAAAAUAAAACGGUCUGCAAAGUCAAAGAAAGGGGAGUGUGGCUUCUCCUCACCGGAACCUGAUAAUCAGGACUCAUCUGGCAGUGAAGCACAAGUCACGCAUAGUACAAGAAUCCGAAAGAAAACCCUUGAUCUCAUUGAAUUGCAAAGUGCCAUUGAAUCUAUAAGAGAGACACAGGAAGACAUACGGAGGGACAUCACUGCUCUGAGAACCCGAAUGUCUACCAGCGCGCCACCAUCAGAUAAUACCUUUUUUCAGUUCAAGCACUAUGUCUUCAUUUUGCUGAUGAUUCUCCUGCAGCUUAUGAUCAAUUACUUGUUUAAAUAGAAUGCCUGGAUGGAAGAAUAUAUGAAGUGGAAUGAUUGUGUUCUUCGUGGGACCAUAUUUUAAGCUUGGGUUAGCUUCAAAUAAGGCAAUAUUUUCUAAAACGCAAGAGCUGUGAAGAUGUAGGCCUUUGCCUCAAAGGCUUGUGCUCACGUGGCAAUGUCUGUUAUAUUCUGUCCUAUCCAGAAGAUAUGGAUGAUGCUUAUGUGCCAGUACCUUUUUCUUUGUAUCCUUGGUAUACUGGGAAACUGCCUUGCAUAUUCUAAAGUGUGGUUAGGCUGCAGUGAUAAAUGCCAGUAUACAACAUUGUCACUCUGGGCAAUGAUGGCAUCCUUUUCAGUGUGACCGCAUACUCCCCAAAGGCCAGACUAAUUGUGUUUCAGUUCAAUAUGUGUUCAAAGUUUCAUGAGAUCUUACUUAAUUAGGAAGAUUGCACCCAGCGAUGUCAGUAUAUAGUUGUACAAAGAUUAAGCUAUUCAGUUCUUUGUUACCAUUAAAUAUAUUAAGCUAUAUUAGUCCAUCAACAUUUCACUAACCCUGCUGCAUUUCAGUGAUUGUUACUUGGCAGAUGUUUCCAUUAGUUUAUGAAAAUGGAGCGUGAUCAUAGUGUUAGUGAUUGUAACAGUCCUGAGUAGUACACUAAUAGCUUUAUCUUCCCAGUAGUAUUUGUAUCCAUCUCUUUGUAAAUACAGCUCCUAUUGACAUACUGCUUCAGCAGACCCAGAAAUACUUUAAGUUGGGAUGCAAAGGGUUGGGGACAGUGAUGGAGUCACUAUUUGAAUGGGAAAAAGAAGGGCUGUACUGCAGGGUUGGGCAGUAGUGGCAUGUCUAAGGGCCACCUGUAAGUCCUCUGUGUACAGCCCACACCUCCACCAUUUUGAUGAAACUAGAAGUGAUGUCAGAGUCUGCUUGUUCACCAAUUUGGGGCUUCUUCUAAGGUUCUGCUUGACCUAAAGAAGUGGAAAUGAGAUAAUGGUGCCUUCUGGAGGCCUCUGGAAACAGAAUUGCACUUUUUUAUGUUUUAAUAUAUUUUGCUGGAAAGCAAGAGGCUUGAAGGCUAUACCAAAGCUGUCUUGGGCUAUAUGUAAGCCACAGGAUACCAUACUCUAGUGAAUGAUAUAAAGGAUUUUCUAGAUUUGACCCAUGGAUGCUUAACAUGAGACCAUGUGAUGUUUCAAAUAUUGGGCUUAAGUCAGUCCAUUCAACUGCAAUUGCAUCUCAAUAAUUAUGCUGUGAUAUACAGGCUUGCAUAACACUCCCAUACGUCGAAGAAUUACGGGCCAAAUCUAAUCUGCCACUCAAGGCCUAUUUAGCAGCAUUAGCAAUUUUAAUGAUGUUUUAGUUUCCCCAGAUCUUAGCACAUUAAUGUGCACAGUAUUGUAAAACAUAGGUUUGGUAGGGUUUUUCUAUAAAUGAAAACCUCCAUCCUGUAAAUUAGAGUGGACACUUACAUUAUGGAAGGUAGAUCAGUUUUUGCUUGUAUUAGCCCUUUUGUUCUGUUUACGUGACAAGAAUAAUCGCAAUUAGACGUGCAUGAUAACACACAGUACUGCAGAAAUCUUCAGCCUUCUGUUAUGACAAAAAUAAGCCCUCCUAUUCAGUUUGGAUUUCAGUACCUUUUUUAAAUAUAUGUGUGUGUUUUUCUACAGCCCAAAAUGAUGUUAGCAAAAUUAGAUGCUUGCUUUCAAAUUAAACGAAUUUAUUAAGAUGCAUAUUUCUGAUUAUUAUUUGGAUAUUUUUCAAAUCUUUAGAUUAUUCAUAAAUAUACAUUUUAGUAAAUGAGUCUUAAUUUGAAAGUCUCUGUCUCCCUCCUCUCCUCUUUUUUGCCUUGUGGACUUUUUGCCAAAUCCUUUUUUCUUAAAAAUUUGAAAUACAAUGAACUACUUUUCUUCAGUUCUAUGGAUUAUUAUGUAAUUUCUAAAAUUCUGCGCAAUUCAUAAAAAUAGUUGUAGUAAAGAAAUAUGAUAUCAGAAAAAAGUAAGCUUUUGUCCUGCUUUGUAUUUUUUUGUAAGCAUUUGGAAUACCUAGCUUCAUGCAACAGCUGUCAGAGAUACUGAAGUUGCUUCUGUUGCUUUGGCCCAUCCAUUGAUGUCAAUGUAUACCAAGCAUGGGCAAACUUUGGCCCCCCAGCUAUUUUGGACUUCAACUACCACAGUUCGUAACAGUCAGUAGUCCAAAACAGCUGGAGGGCCAAAAUUUGCCCAUGCCUGAUGUAUACCAUACUUUGUCUCUAUCUCCUGCCUCCCCUUUCUGUGUGUUAAUAUAUUUUGUGAGGCAUAGCUAGAUAAAUUAUAUCAUUGCUUUCUCUCUUUUUUUAGGGUAGUGAUAAGGAAUGAUGUUAGACUUCCGCCCUUGCCUUUUAACUGUGAAGGCUAAGUUAGUAGGAGUUGCAGUGCAACACCGGUAGGGUUUUUUCUCCCCAUCAGAGUAUUAGGCAUUUCUCAUUUUAAGAAAGCAUAUGAUUCUUAAACUUUCUGUGGCAGCAUUACAUUACAAAGAUUGUUGUCUUCUGUGUCAGACACAGAAAAGCACAGCUUAUCAUGCCUAAAUCUCUACUUUGGCCCAUUUGAUGCUGAAAAAAGAACUUGUUGCCUGAUUACUUUUUAUAUGAUAUGGUUGAAUGUGGCUCUGGUUUAUGAAAUGUUCCUUCAUAUAUAAUAUUUAGCCAUGUGCCCUGACCUUAAAUUCCUUCAGAUUGACUGUUUUCUGCACAAAGCUGUAAGGAAACUGUGAUUGUACAGUUUGUAGAACUCGAGGGCAAGGGCUCUUUGGUAACGUUAAGUAUUUAAAGAAAAGCACUUGAUUUUUCACUUGAUUGUGUAUGGUCCUACUUGUACAUAAGUAGAAAAUAUUCAAAAUUGCUUGUUACUGCCAUAUUCAUGGCUGUUUGUUUAAACUAAAUGCACUAUAAGCCUUUAAUAUACCUUGUAACCAUUACCAUGAACAUAACUAUAAAAAUGUGUUGUGUGUAUAAUGGAGUCCUGGCAAUAUAUAGUGUUUCUUGUAUCUCAGAUGAUAGGUUAGUUGUUGCCUAUUAUUGGGCAUCUCUUAGAUAUACAGCAUGCUUGCUUUUCAUGAAAACUUCAUUCAGACAGCUAACCUGUACAGUGAUCUUACUAUUUACAGUUCACUGCCCACCUGUGCCUUUGGGGGGGAAAAUCUUGCCAAUUCAAUGUUAAUGAAAUGAAACAAGAGUUCAAUUACAUUUGUCUCAUCUAUCAUUGUGAUAGUCAUCUGCUUUAACUGCUGUUUUGUCUUGUGGUUUUUAUCCUAUUGUAAAUAGAACCGUUAACUACUGAACUAAGUGAUAAAUGUCUUUCUCCUGUAUCCUCAAUUUUGGGGUAUCUUUUGAGAGCAGGCCAUCAGAUACUUGAGUAUUGUAAUAGUGCCUUGAUGGAGUUCACACAGGGGUGAGGUCUGUAUAUAAAAAGAUGUUAUGAAGGUUGUGCCAUAGCUAUUGUCUGGAAGUUUUUAUAUUUCCAAUAUUAACUUUCAGAACCAAUGUUUAUAAAAAGAUAUGGCAGAGCUGUCGAAAAAAGACAUCAGGUGUUUUUUUUUUGUCCCAGUCAAUAAUUAAAAAUAAUAAGACCCAACAAAAUCUCUAUGUUGUGGAAUGUGCAUUCUUGUACAAUGAAGCCACAACUCUUUGUUUGUGAUAUCACAAAAAUAGCCAUAAUAAAAACCAUAACAUCACAGACAGACAAUUUUGGCUUCACAUUUGUUUUUAUGGAUAAAAACCAUUCUAAGAAAAUAAACUUUAAAGGGAUAUGGUUGAAGAUCAAAAGAAAAUUGGCAUCGAACUCUUGCUGAAACCUUUGGAAAAACGACACUUCCUUAUGUGACCCAAAAGCACAUUUUUUGGAUUUAAACUUUGGCUCAAGUCUGGAAAGCACUUUUUAAAUAUAUGACCUUCUGUUAGUCUUGAACUCUUUUCACUUCCUUCUAGAUUCUGAACUUUCACUAAUGUUUUUUUACACUCCUCCCUUCCCCCUUUUCCUUUUAUUUUAACACAUUGCUUGGAUUUUUAUACUGUUACACUUUUUUAAACUGAAAAUGGUUUGUUGUACUAAAGCUGUAUAGGACCGGUGUUUAGUCCAAUGAAUAAAAAAUAUUUAAAGAAAAGCCAGAGGUGAUGACAAAAUGUGAAUGUGAAUGCACUUAUUCAGAUUUAUACAUAGGAAACCCUCUUCCUAGAAGGUUUUUGUUUGUUUCUGCAUAUCAUGUAAAAUAGCAUUGUUGUUGUUGCACUGUAUUUUUUAAAAAAAUCAUGCUGCAUGCAGUGUGAUAAAACAAACGAGUCAUUCCUUUGAAAGAAAUGGAAAUUGUGUGUUGCAUGCUUCAUGUACAGUUCAGUUCAUCGACUUGUUUAAAAAGGCCAUUUAUAAAUUUAAAGUUCUAGCACUGGUCAGUAGUUUUGUACAAUUAAAGAACUAGAAUAAAGAGCUGUGAUCAAAACAA